AUGACUACGGCUCACAGGCCCACGUUCGAUCCCGCACAAGGAAAGGAGGCCCUCCGCGGCCCUGCGUACCAUCAACGUCUUCUCCCGGCUUACACACACCUUAAGACACGUCAAUUCGGUCAGGGUAGUGAAGUCGAAACUCAGCAACGCGAUUUGCGCGCCGAGCUGCUCCAAGCGGAAGCUGCUCAUUUCGCCAAGAAGAAUGGAGUUCCCGUGGACGAGCCCAAAGUCGAGACCGCCACGCCCAAGCGCCAGUUGGAGGGUGGUUCACCCGGUGAUGAUGCAAAGACAGAGGAAGAAGAUCCAGAAGCCAAACGACGACGAAUACUAGAGGAGACUCGAGAUAUAGAUGCAGAUUCUGACGAGUCGGAAGAUGAUAGCAGCGAGGAUGAAAGUGACGAUGAAGAGGACGAGGCUGCCGAAUUGAUGCGCGAGCUGGAGAAGAUCAAGAAAGAGAGGCUUGAGCAGAAAGAGAAAGAGGAACGCGAGCGUGCUGCACAAGAAGAGGAGCAACGCGAGGUUGAUAUUGCUCGAGGCAACCCGCUGCUUAACCCCCAAGACUUCAAUGUGAAGCGUAGGUGGGACGACGAUGUGGUGUUCAAGAACCAGGCCCGUGGUACAGAAGAUAGGAGGGGCAAGGAGUUUGUCAACGAUCUGUUGCGAUCGGACUUCCACAAGAGAUUCAUGUCGAAAUACGUCCGCUAA